CUGAAAAGAUGCCCACUGCUGCUGAGACAGCAGACGGUUACUUACAUUCGGCAGGCAAUAAUCCUGCUAGUGCCAAGCACAGAAAUAGUCUGUCUGAGAGUCUGUUAUAUCUGCACUUGUCAUAUGUAGUAUGAUGUGGAUGAGUCAGUUCAUUUGGUUCAUGAGUGUUCCUGUUUGAUCUGGAUUUACAUUCAAAAGCUCAAUUCUGUUUUUCAUAUUCAAAAGCAGGUAUAUGAAAGAACAGAGCUGAUCAUGAAUCAUGUAUAAUAGUCUGUAUAUUAGGAGUGUAACCCAAUGCCACUAUCUGUAUCCGUAUUUAUUUAGUGCUCCAAAUAUUUGUACUGUAUUAGGUUUUUUAUUUAAUUAAAUUUGAAUCCUACUAUUAUGGUCACCGAAACACUGAAAAAAAAGGAAAAAGCAGUCUUUUUUUAUUCAAAACUAUGAUGUCUUUCCCAAACCAGUAGCCACUUAAUAAUAUUUUAUGUGAUUUACUUUAGUCAUUGAGUUUGUUACACUCCAGAAAGAUCAGAAAAGAUUGCUUGACACGUUGUCAGAAUCUACUACAAAGCUGGCGUGCAGUCUAUGGUCUGCGCUGUAUGGAGCAGUGGCUUUAUAAUUAAAAGAGUAUUUCUUUUGUGAAUUGUGCACCAGUUUGUUUAGCAAAAUGGUAGAAAUAUGGUUUUAUUUUGGAGUUUAGUAUUACAAAAUUCAGGUCAGGCUGCGAGAGAAAGCCACUGACAGUAAAUUAAAAAAAGGAAUAAAAAAGAAUUGAAAGAUUUAAACUUAUGGCUCACUAUUUGGGUGAGACUCAUCUUGUCUCAGUAGACAAUCUGGUAAUCUGGCUCUGUUCAGUACUGGUGAGGAAUUAGCUCUCUGUCGUAUAAACUCAGAGGUUUGUACGAGAACAACCUGCUUUUCACUGAUCAAUCUGGUCAGCCCAAGACCAACAGCAACAUGAAUGCUGUCCAAUGCUGCUGGUUGUAUGGCCUUUUCCUUCUACUCUGCUGUGUUCAUAGUGAGGCACUGCACUGUUACACCUGCAUGGGGUCAACAGAUGAGGACUGCAAUCAGCAGGGAUCCAAAGCAUGUCCAAGUUACUCAGAUGCAUGUGCUAUUAUCAAAGGAGAUGGCAGCGGUGUGCUGAAGUCAUGUUCCUACAAAUCCUUCUGCAGUCAAGCUAACAGCCAAGGUGACAGAGUUGCAGGGGUGAAGGUUCACUGCUGCUACUCAGAUGACUGUAACCUGAUGGGACAUGGCACCCAGCUCAGCAGAGGGUUUAGCUAUCUCUUAGUCCUUCUGCCACUGUUUUGGCAUCUAUUGUCAAGCUAAAAUUGCCAGCACAAGCUUAAAUGUGCUUCAUACAGGGGAAGUCACAUUAUGAAAUCAGUAGCCUUUAAGUGUAAUAAUGUCUCUGAUUAAGUAUAAUGUCUUAAAUGUAAUAAUGUCUGUGCCUAUUAAACUGAAUAAUACCACACAAAUGGAUUCUACAAGCAGACUCUACAUACAAAAUAGUAACAUAACAUAGUCAUUUUUUUCCAACAACAAAAAUGCUCUAUUCAUGUACAGACUCAUGGUGCUUUAUGAUUAAUUCGAACUCUAAAUAGCCAAAAGCCUUAGACUCUAAAAUUCCUUUAGGUCAAAGUAAUUUAAGUAGUGUGAAUAAAUGCAGCUGAAGAAGAAAUACUGGAGGUAUGUCAUGCUCAAUAGUGCUCAAUAUUCCUGUAU